AAACAAAUCCACCUUUAAAAAAGUGGUGAUAAAACCCUCAAGUUAGUCAGUUGAAAAAAGCUACAAAAGAAAAACAAACUCGUUUUCACAUCUUCACUCUCCAUAUUCCCAGUGGGUGUCCAUUCCCCUCUCUGUUCUAUUUCUAUAAAUAAUACUCUUGCUUUCUCGACUCCACCAUUGCACACUGCCACCAUCUCCCUUCUCAUAAAAUAGAAAUGGCCUUCAAAAUCAUGUCAUGUUUACGUAUUUUGAGCCUAUUGUCAUUAGUUAUCUUAGUGCUGGAGCCUAAUGGAGUAUUAGGCUCAAGCAGGGGAAGACAUUUCGGCUUCAUCAACCAUGAUAGUGCACCACCAGCUGGCAUGUGUGCCUCCACUGUCGCCGUUCAUGGUUACAAGUGCCAAGAAUAUGAGGUAAAAACUGAUGAUGGGUACAUACUAAGCGUGCAAAGAAUUCCAGAAGGCCGCACAGGAGGUGGUGGGCAAAACAGGCCGCCAGUGUUAUUGCAGCAUGGAGUGCUUGUGGAUGGCGCAACAUGGCUGUUGAAUCCACCUGAACAAUCACUUGCAACGAUCUUGGCAGAUAAUGGCUUUGAUGUUUGGAUAUCCAAUAUCAGGGGAACCAGAUACAGCCGUCGCCACGUCACCCUUGAUUCUAGGAAUUCGGCAUACUGGAAUUGGUCAUGGGAUGAAUUGAUAGUCCAUGACCUCCCAGCUGUUAUUGAUUUUAUCUUCAAACAAACUGGCCAGAAAACACACUAUGUUGGCCAUUCAAUGGGAACUUUGAUAGCUCUGGCAUCUUUCUCAGAAGGAAGACAAAUAGACAAGGUGAAAUCAGCAGCUUUACUCAGUCCAAUUGCUUAUUUGAGCCAUAUGACCACUGCACUUGGUGAAAUUGCUGCCAAAGCCUUUGUUGGUGAAAUCACCACAAUAUUUGGUCUAGCAGAGUUUAAUCCAAAAAGUGGACCUGUAAACAAAUUGCUCAAGUUCUUUUGUGCUCAGCCAGGGGUAGAUUGCUAUGACUUAAUGACUGCACUUACUGGGAAAAACUGUUGUUUGAAUGCAUCCACCGUUGAGCUCUUCUUAAAUGAGGAGCCUCAAUCGACGUCAACCAAGAACAUGGUGCAUUUAGCUCAGACUGUUAGAGACGGCAUACUUUCAAAAUAUGAUUAUGGGAGCAACUACAAUCUUGCACAUUAUGGUGAAGCGAAACCUCCAAAGUAUAAUUUAGCCAACAUUCCUCGAGAUCUUCCUCUCUUCCUUAGCUACGGUGGUCAAGAUGCACUGUCCGAUGGCAAAGAUGUUGAAACUUUGCUCGACUACCUUAAAUUUCACGACGUAGACAAGUUGCAUGUUCAGUACAUCAAGAAUUAUGCUCAUGCUGAUUUCAUCAUGGGAAUCACUGCCAAGGAUCUUGUUUAUAACCAGAUUAUUUCCUUUUUUAGAAACUAUGCCUAAGAAAAAAGGGAAAGAAAGAUAAAAGCAAGUAAAGGGAUUGAUAGAUUUUUUUUGUAAGAGGCCUGAUCAACUUCAGCUGCAAAAUUUGAAGUGGAUUUUAACAAAGGAGUAGAAUAUAUGUACACAAGAAUGUUCAUGACAAACAUGAGCAGACUAAUUAUUAUUAUUAUUAGAUUGAAUAAUAUUGAAUUAUUAAUUAA